AUGACUUCGUACGAGGAGGCACCCGAUGACGAGCGAAUCGUCACCAGAUUCACUUACGCGAGCGGCAUCAAGGAAGCCAUCGCCAAAUAUUACAACGGUGACCGUUUCGCCUCGUUUGGACUGGUCAUGGGCGACGGGCGGCUUCCCAGUCCGUUUCAACUGGCGCGGGAGUACGCAAUCUGUGUCAUCUCCAAGCUGCGCCAAUUAUGUGUUGAGAAAGUCUGGACUGCAAUAGGGGCAGAAAAUAAAGUUGCCCAAGCUGUAGAAGAGAGCUUUUAUGUUGAUGACUUUUUAAAGUCAGAAACAAGUGAAGAAGAGGCUAUUGACAUGGUGGCGAAAAUGCGAAAACUGCUACAGAAUUGGGGAUUUAACAUAACCAAGUGGGCCAGCAAUAGUAGAAAAGUGUUGGAAACUAUUCCAGAGCAACAUCGAGCCAAGGAUGUAACAGGAAUUGACCUGCAAAACGACAAAUUGUCUAAGGAACACGUUCUGGGCGUAAAGUGGUGUGCCGAGUCCGAUAGCCUAGAAUUCAGUGCAAAGACAGUAAGUAAGAUUGCAACAAGAAGAAAUAUACUGUCUGUAGUAAGUGGUAUCUAUGACCCACUUGGCAUUUGUUCGCCAUACACAUUGCAGGCUAAACUUAUCCUUCAGUCAUUAUGCCGAGAAAAGAUGGGAUGGGAUGACCCCAUACCUGCUCAAAGCUAA